UUGACAGGUACUCAGAUGUGAUCACAGAACCAUCGGUACACCUUGCAGAGUCCCUUUCAAAGCAAGUCGCCAUCAUGUCUGUGACAAUGUGCCAGUCUGUGGGAUUUGUGGUGUCAAUGUUGGGCGUAGGUGGAGUUAUUGCCUCUACUGUCAUGGACCAAUGGAGCACCCAAGACCUUUACAACAAUCCGGUGACAGCCGUCUUUAAUUACCAGGGGCUAUGGCGCACUUGUGUCAGGGAGAGCUCUGGUUUCACCGAGUGCCGCUCCUAUUUCACCAUCCUUGGACUACCAGCGAUGUUCCAGGCUGUAAGAGCUCUGAUGAUUGUGGGCAUCGUGCUGGGUGCUUUUGGCCUCCUGGUGUCUAUUUUUUCCCUGAAGUGUUUACGGAUCGGCAAUAUGGAGGACUCUGCCAAAGCAAACAUGACUUUGACUGCUGGAAUCAUGUGCAUUGUAGCUGGUCUCUGUGCUAUCUGUGGGGUAUCUGUUUUUGCCAACAUGCUUGUUACAAACUUUUGGAUGUCAACAGCUAAUAUGUAUCAGCCAGGAAUGAUGCAGACACUUCAGACAAGAUACACAUUUGGUGCUGCACUGUUUGUGGGAUGGGUUGCUGGAGGCUUGGCCUUGAUUGGAGGCAUUAUGAUGUGCAUUGCCUGCAGAGGACUGGCACCCGAAGAGACCCAUUACAAGGCCGUGUCCUACAAGAGUGCUGGAUAUAAGUCUGGAACUGGGUAUGAAGCCAAGAAGGUCCCAGUAGUUGAAACCAAUACUAUCAAAAGUGAUGAAGGGAGACGUUCCUAUCCUUCAAAAUAUGACUAUGUAUAAUCCCUUCCUAAAACCUAUGGUUUUAGACCAAAGCAGCAGCAAAGUCCUAACUUGAAGCUUUUCUCAAGUCUGUUUUCUUAUUUUCUUUGGUUUGGUUUGCUGUUUAUAAAUGUUCUUUUAAUAUGACUGUGUAUAGUUCCUGACAUUAUAAAGACUUCCAUAAGAACUGUUCCCCUCUGCUACAUUUGUUAUAAUAGCAGUUAAAGACAGCUGAAGAAUUGGUUUACUAAUGUACCUUUUGCUGUUUCUUUUAAUAGAUGUAAGUAGAUGUUUAAGACCAGAACAUUACUGCAAUGUACAGUGUUGAGUUCAUGUAAAGUUCAUGUAUUGAGACUUCAUUCAGUGUUUGGUUGCCCUUGAUGAAACAAAAUGAAAUAUGAGGCUAAAACAACACCAUUACACAGAGGCCAAUCCAAAAUUUAAAAAUGUUAAAAACUUAAUUUCAUA